AUGAAUGUAUUGUUUCUGCUACUCCUACCUGCCAUUACAUUAUGUUGUUGGCAACGCCCAGUCUAUCGCCCAACUGUUUAUUAUCCGCCAUCCAAGACCACCACCACCACCACCACCGCCACCGCCACCGCCAACACCGAGACCUACACCAAAACCUACACCAAAACCUACACCAAAACCUACACCAAAACCUACACCAAAACCUACACCAAAACCUACACCAAAACCUACACCGAAACCUACACCAAAACCUACACCAAAACCUACACCGAAACCAACGACAACCACACCGAAACCAACGAUAACCACAACAAAACCAACGACAACCACACCAAAGUCAAUAUCCACUACUACAAAAACUUUGAACAAUACCAAAAUAUCAAGCCGACAAAUAUUCCAAAAUUGGCGGAGAUUGGUGCAAAGUCUGCCAAACUGACGACUCCUGGAAAUGUAGUGAUUGUUAACAAAAAUGCAACGAUUAUUGGUAAUGAGGUCGACGAAAGCGGAAGCACAAACACGACAAUUACAAGGAGUCAAUCAAUUUCAAAGAAAAAAUCGAUAAAGAAAAAUAAGUCAGUGACAGAAACCGAAACUGUCGAAGAAAGCUCGUCAGGUGGUGGAAACUCGACAAUUGUUCAGACUAAAACAAUUAAAAGAGGAAAUGUGACGUCUGGGAACGUUACAACGACAGUAAAGCCGACAAAUAUUUCAAAAUUGGUGGAAAUUGGUGCAAAGUCUGCCAAACUGACGACUCCUGGAAAUGUAGUGAUUGUUAACAAAAAUGCAACGAUUAUUGGUAAUGAGGUCGACGAAAGCGGAAGCACAAACUCGACAAUUACAAGGAGUCAAUCAAUUUCAAAGAAAAAAUCGAUAAAGAAAAAUAAGUCAGUGACAGAAACCGAAACUGUCGAAGAAAGCUCGUCAGAUGGUGGAAACUCGACAAUUGUUAAGACUAAAACAAUUAAAAGAGGAAAUGCGACGUCUGGAGACGACGAAACCGAAAUAUUGGGCGCCAAAGCCACGUCAGAACUGACAAACAUUUCUAAAAACGGACGCGACUCUGACGAACAAACAGAUUCGAAUAGCGAUUCGGCGGAGGAAGUUGUGGAGAAUACAUUUGAAAACAAAACCACUGGGAUAACCAAGACUACUAAGAAAAAAAAGAAGGUGGUGGUGAGCACAUCAGUGACAGAACAUGAAACUGAAGAAGAGAAUGAGGUGGAAGUAACAAAGAAAUCAACCAAAAAAACUAAAUCGAAAGAAAAAUCCAAGACUGAUUAUGAAUCGGAUUACGAUACGGAGUCGGAAACAUUGAGAAAUUCAAAUGGAAAAAAUAAAUCGAAAGGAUCACGAACAGCCAAAACAGCGAUCGAAUAUGAUACAGAAACGGAAACUAUUAAUAAGAAUAAAAAAGGAAAAGGAAGAUCAAAAAAUAAAAGCUUAACGAAUUCUGACACUGAUUACGAAACAGAAUCUGAAACUAUUUCCAAGACUGGAGGAAGGAGUAGAUCAAAAGGAGGAAUUAAUCAAAAUGAAACAACCAUUGUCAGCCAGAUAACGACGCACACCAAAGAAGGAAGAGAAGCGAGAGGAGGAAGUUAUCAAAAUAAAACGAUAACUGAAUGGGAAACAACCACACGAACGAAAGAUGGAAGAUCUUCAAGUAACAAGGAUUCCGAUAGCGAAACAGAAAUAGAAACAAACUCUGGAAAAGUUGGAGUGACGGUUGUUGAAGGAAAAGGAAAUGUUGCCCUGGGACAGAUUAAAGUCAAAGCUAAUACAGACGACUGUGCUGAGAGUACAAACUAUCCUGUUCUGUAUAAGAGCACCCCAACAUCAGAAUAUUUCCUACUCGAAGAUGAGAUUAGUGCCGUCCUGUCAUCAGCCGACUACAGGGAUAAAGAUUACGAAUGCCUUACCAUAAUGAUGUUCUCAAAUUCUGUAGUUCGGGUUAUCGUUGAUUCACACUUUUUCAUUAAUAGUGGAUGCUAUAAACCAAAGGAUAAAGUAUUGAAAUUGCCAUACAAAGUUCCUGCCAAGCCGUCGAAAUAUCGUACGUCAUUCAUUAUUGGAAACACCAACUCAACUCUAAAUGUGACAAUGCAAUAA